AAAAAUUGGAUCAUUUUUACUUGUAUUCUGAUACUAUACAAACUAUAUACAUAAAUUUGUGUUGCAAAAACGUACGUAACAUACUGAAAAGCAUACUUAUCGUAAAUGCAUAGUAACAGAACACAGAUAGUAAUAGUCGUCUUUUUUCUCAAGUACGCGUAUAUCGCGAAAAAUUGCGUAUAAAAUUGAGGAUAACAACAUAGCAGCGCAUUUCUUUAUUCUUUAUUCUUAUCAAAGUAUGUCGAACACACGUAUUUGAUUUGAAGUAGAACAUGUCAUCCUCCGAUUCAAUCGUUCGGAAAAACGCUUGUGCAGAAACAGGAUUCGAUGACAGAGUGCAAUUUCCUGAAAUAAUCGACGACAAGAUAAAUACCGAGGAGUUUUUAGAGGCUGCUCGUGAUGUCGUGCGAACAGUUGAUAAAUUUGGCAAAUUGUUUGCGCCCGUGCGUUACGACAUGCAAGGCAAUAUCGAUAAGCUCACAACCAGGUAUUCCAUGAAUAAAACUGCCAACUCGACUUUACAAGAUAUGAUCUUGCUUGAAAAAUCUACCGAAAAAGAUCUCAUUGCGGUUGAUGCCUUAAUGUGGUUAAGAAGGGCCUUACAUCUAAUUUUACUAUUCUUUGAAAGAAUCGUGGAGACUCAUAAAGCUGGAGAAGCAACAGAAGAUUUGGUUGCAUUCUUAAGAGAAGCGUACAAAGAAACUUUGGAGCCAUAUCAUGGUUGGAUGGCACAGCAAUUAUUUAAUCUCUUGUCACGUAUGACGCCUUCUCGUUCACAACUCUUACUGGCAUUAGCGGAUGGACAAAUGGGGAAAGAAGAAAUUACUUUAAGUAAAAUGGAGCUGUCUUUAGUAAACCUAAGGAAAAAUAUAGUAGCUUUGAAGACGUUUUAUAAUGAUCAUGAUCUAGAAGUGAGCACUGUAGUAUAAUACAAAAUUUAUUAGAAUUCAAUAUUAUAUCUUCAAUGCAGAAAGCUACUUGAAAAGAUUACAUAAAAAAAAGUAUAAUGAAGGAAGAACUUCAUGGUUUUCAUACAUGUUUACUUAUAAAACCAUAAAUUUUUAUAUAUAUUGCAUUUCAAGAUUUUCAAUCUACUACAAAAAUUAGUUUCUGUUCAAAAAUGUACAUAUCAUUCAUAUGAUAUUACCUUAAGUCUUUCGGCACAUUAAUAAAGUGCAAUAAUAUUAUUAAAUCUCAAAAGUAAUAAAUAAAUUAAUGUCUACUGUCAUCAAUCCCAUAUAAUUGUGCGACAUAAAACCUUUUGGCAUGAUGGUCCGCUGACUUCUUUAAAGCUAUGGUAGACGUUAUAAUUUCUGUGACUAGCAGAAACGCCAUGAUACUGUUAAUAAUUGUUUCACUAAGGUGAGGUUCAGUUUUGCUAUCGAAAAGAAGAAACAUCUCUAAAGGAAAAUGUAUGAGAGUAGAUAUCAGCCAGAAACUUGCCAAUUCUGGAAUCUGUAUAAAAAGAAUAUCUUCAGUCCUAACAUC